AUGAGUGUCCCGGUGCGACCGGGCCCAAGCAGCUGGAGGCGGGCAGCCACCUUAGUGCUGGCGGCGGGCUGGACGCGCCCGGUCCCCGACGCCCCAUCGAGGCCCCACCCACCCGCCGAGGGAUUCCGGGUGCUGCUGCUGCAGCGCUCCGCGAGCCAAGGCUUCUUGCCCGGGGCGCACGUCUUCCCGGGCGGGGUAUUGGAGGCGGCAGACCGCUCGACCGAUUGGCUGCGCCUCUUCGCGCCGCACCACCGGCCGCCCCGCUUUGGCCUGGGCCCCGCGCCGCCCCAGCGCGCCGCCUUCCCGGUGCUGCCCAACAUCCAGCCGGGAGCCGUGGACGUGGACGCGGCGGCGCUGCCCGAUGACAUCGCCUUCCGCAUCUGCGCCAUCCGCGAGGCAUUCGAGGAGGCGGGCGUGCUGCUGCUGCGGCCCAGGAGCCCGCGGCCCGCUGAUCAGGCGCCAGGCUGCGCCCUCGCGCCGCCGCCCGCCUUGGCCGACUGGCGCGCCCGCGUCCGCCGGGACCCGCGGUACUUCCUGAGCCUGUGCUCGCAGCUCGACUGCACUCCCGACAUCUGGGCGCUGCGCGACUGGAGCGGCUGGAUCACGCCCUUCUCACGCCCCGGCGGCCGCCGUUUCGAGACCACCUUCUUCCUGUGCUGCCUGAGCGAGCCGCCGCCGGUCUUCCCCGACUUGGUGGAGGUGGUGGGCUGCCAGUGGUCAUCUCCAUCAGAGGCAAUUGAAAGCCUCAUAUCAAAGGAAAUUUUGCUUGCACCCCCACAGUUCUACGAAAUACGUAGACUAGGAAACUUUGCCUCUCUCUCUGACUUGCACAAAUUUUCUUUGGAUCGUGAAUCAGAAGGCACGGAAAGAUGGAUGCCAAUCGUAUUGUUAACUGCUGAUGGGAAGAUCCAUCUUUUACCAGGAGAUGAGAUGUACUUAGAAGAUUCAAACUUUUUAGAAAACUGUAUGUCCACUGAAAAAAGGAAUGAAGAAAUCAUGAACGAAGGCAAGAAAUUUCACCGAAUAGUGUUGUAUAAUUCCCACAGUUACGGAGAUUAUACAGGUUAUAGCAUCCAUGUGACAGUUCUGCCAAAGUAUAAACACGUUUAUCCUAAGAGCUUUGUAGUGGGUAAGAGCUGUCUUUAG